AAAUCGCGUUUUUUAACGACAGCGAAGUUGAAUUGCUGGACCGAGUAAAUCAUACGUCAAUGAUAUCGCAGAAUAACCAACCGCUGAACCGAUAGGGUUCAACGCAUGCGUUCCAAUUAUCAAGAAGAGUUUGGUUCGUAUAAAAGAUUGAAUACGAAUCCCCGGGGUGCUUGGCGACUAGUUACCGCGAUGAUCACUGAUAACCAAUCUAUUUUUACCUCAACUGCCGAUGUGGUUCUGAAUAAACUUUAGGAAUUAUUCGAAAUUCGGCCUACCGCCUGGACAGAACAGAUAAGCUAUAUCGAGUCUGUUGUUUUUCUCGUAUAAUCUACUCGCAGACAAUCAAACAUACGAAGCAAGACAAUCGUCGAGCCAUUUGAAGUUCAUUUCUGUAAUCGUGACGAGCGUUACAAAUAUAUAUCUCGUGAAGAUCCCAGAUCAAUUUCAUUAAAUUUUUGGUGCGGUGUAAAGGCUGACAUCUUCACACGAUUCCUCAACAUGGUUGACUCGGGAAUCAGAAUCGAGAACAAUGUGCUCAAGAGUAGGGAGGUUUCACGUCCCAUUAACUUUCCCGAUCUUGGGAGUCUUAUAUUGGAGUAUCUGGAAAUCAACGCCGACACCGUGGCACAGAUUGAUCCUACUACGGGCGAAGAACAGACUCGUGGAGAAAUGAGAGACAAGAGUAUUCGAUGCGCUCUUUGGAUGAGGUCGCAAGGUGUCGGAGUCGGAGAUGUGAUUGCAAUAUCCUGUAACGAUCAACUGAUUGCAGCUACUCCGUGUUUCGCAACGUUGUUACUCGGCGCCAUUGUCAACCCUUUACACGCGGAGUUUAACACGAGUGAACUACGCUACUUGUUACGCACAAACAGACCGAAAAUGGCCUUUGCUGACGAGGAAUCGGCUGUAACUUUAGCUGAAGCUGCGAAUACGGAGGGACUCGACUUGAAAAUAGUUGUUCUUGGCCAAGCUGCCGGUUUCUUCGAGUUCGCAAAAAUAAUCUCCGAACCCGGAGUCGAAGAUAUCAAAAACUUCAAGACUACGCCUCUCGAAAGUCCGGACGCGAUCGCUACGAUCAUGUACACUUCCGGGACCACUGGCCUACCAAAAGGAGUUGCGGUCAGCCACGCAGUUUGGCUCAAUACUUUGCUUCAAACAGUUCUUCCUUGUACAACGCAUGAAACGUUCAUCUCGUUUGCAUCCGUUUAUUGGGUCACUGGCAUAACCAGUAUAUUAAUGACCGUAUUUCCCAGGUAUUUAGCGAUCAUCCCGCCGCCCUUCGAGGAGCACUUGACCUGCAGGCUCACCGAGAAAUACAAGAUAAAUCGCCUCAUGUUGUCUCCCAACAUGGUAAUUGGAUUGGUGAAAUCCGACGCUUUAGGCAAGUACGAUCUGUCUUCGGUGAAGACGGUCUUCUACGGAGGAUCUGCCUUGGACGAUUCCCUUGUAAAAACGUUUGCCAAAUACUUGCCCGAAAAUGUCAGCAUAUUUUCGGUUUACGGACUGACGGAGACUUGUGGGCGAAUAACUUCAAGACUUUUCAAUUCUAAGUCUAAACAAAACUCGUGUGGCAAGCUGAUGGACAACGUUCAGAUGAAGGUCGUCGAUCCCGAAACCGGUCGAAUCAUGGGACCCAACGAAACGGGAGAAUUAUUUUUGAAGUGUGAGGGAAAAAUGUUCAGUUCCUAUUAUAACAAUCCGGAAGCUACCGCCGAAGCGAUGGAUAAGGAAGGAUGGUUUCACACCGGUGAUCUCGGAUACUAUGACGAGGAUGGAGAAAUUUUCAUAGUGGACAGAUUGAAAGAAAUGAUCAAGUACCGCGAUCAUAGGAUAUCUCCGAUAGAAAUCGAGUCUGUGCUUCUGUCUCACCCUGGAGUAAAGGAGGUAGCUGUUGUCGGUCUCCCGCACCCCGAGGACCAAGAACGCCCGCUCGCCUUCGUCGUUAAAGUAAAACGUUCGUCCGACGACGGCGAAGAGGUCACCGAGAAGGAGUUGGUCGAUUUCGUGGCAGCCAAAUUGGAGAACGCGAAACACCUACACGGUGGCGUAAGGUUUGUCGACAGUCUGGCAAAAACACUUUCCCAAAAAGUUCGACGAAGAUUCAUGAGGGAAUUGGCCAAGUCUUCGACGCAGCAAUGAUUUGACGAGGAUCGAUGGAUACGUUCGACUCGAGACAGCUUACGAAUCGUCAUUUCUACUCACAAUCAGAUAUGAUUUUGGAACUGGUUGAAAUAUAAUAUGAAUGUAAAUUUGAUUCAUCAUACUUUCGUGUUUCGAUCGAACGGUAUUUAAACCGAGCGUUGCUCCUGCGAAUAUCCUGUAGGAAUUCGAGGUGUUUGAUAAUACACAACUGAAAUAAAAAAAGCUACUGCUUGUGCAUAUUAUGAAGGCAAA